UUGUUUUUAGUUUUAAAAUUCACUCUUAACAUUUAUUACCAAAACAUCCGUGGUAUGCGGACUAAAUUACCUGAUGUCUUUUUGGAAGUUAGCGCUAACAAUUUCGAUUUAAUCGUAUUAACAGAGACUUGGCUUAACGAUAGUAUAUUUGAUAGUGAAAUUUUCGAUAGUAGGUAUCAAGUAUUUAGGAGGGACAGAUCAUCCAACACUUUUAAUGAGAAUAAUGAUGGAGGUGGUGUGGCUAUCGCUGUGAAAAAGUCAAUUAGUGCUUAUAGAAACCAAAAUUUUGAAUCUCGUUGUGAAGAUUUAUGGGUAACCCUAGAGCUGGGUAACUAUAGAAUUUAUGUUUGUUCAGUUUACUUACGUUUUCCUCUAAAUCAAACUCAUCUCAAGCAUUUUACUGAAAAUGCUGGUAAUGUCAUUAAUAAUACAUGCAAUGAUAUUCUUAUUUUCGGAGAUUUUAAUCUGCGUGACAUUGUUUGGACUCCUUCUAAUGCAGAUUCAUCGCUUAAACCCAGCAAUUUCGAUAAUAUCUUCGGUUAUGAAUUCGUAGAUUUUUUGUCUAGUUAUGAUCUAAAGCAAUAUAGUCAGAUCUCUAAUCACCAGGGCAAAAUUCUCGACCUCGUGCUGAGUAACACAUUCUGUGAUAUUUCCGUUAAAAAAUCAAACAGUAUAAUUUCUCGAAUAGACAACUAUCAUCCCCCAAUUGAAGUAGACUUAGUUUUAUGUAAAUCAAAAAUGCUCUCUCCAAGACAAACUCCUAAAUACAAGUUUUUUUUAGCGAAUUAUGAUAGUAUACGAGCCCGUUUAUCUGACCUUAACUGGACUUCGGAGUUCCAAAACUGUUCGACUGUUGAUGAAGUUGUAUCGAAGUUUUACUCUAUUAUAAAAAAAGUUAUCACUGAAUUUGUUCCAUGUCGCAUACAAAACAAAAAAUCAUAUCCUCCAUGGUAUACAACAAACCUCAUAAAACUAUUACGAGAAAAGGAAAAAUCUCGUCAAAAGUUUAAAAAGUACAGCAAUGAUUUAGAUAAAUUUGAAUACAAUAUCUUAAAAGUUAGGACUAAAACAUUAAUCAAAAAAUGUUAUGACAGAUACAUUGAAAAUGUUGUUGACAGCGUGAUUAAAGACCCCAAGUACUUUUGGACUCAUAUAAAAAAUAAACGUAAGAAUAAUGCUUGUAUACCGUCUAAUAUGAAAUUUGGAGACAAAGAAGCUAACAAUGGAGAAAAAAUUUCCGACCUAUUUGCAGAAAAUUUUGAAUUAGUAUAUAAACCUAUUGAUAUUAGUUUACAUAUAAACAAAAUGGAAAUACCAAAGUCUGCUUUCUCCAUGGGGAAUCUUUAUUUAAAUAAUGACAGUAUUGAGAAGUGCUUAAAGGCUCUAGAUAUUACUAAGGGCGCCGGAAGUGAUGGGAUUCACCCCUUGUUUCUGAAGGAAUGCGCAGUAGAGCUCACGAUACCUUUACAUAUUAUUUUUAAUAGAUCAUUAUCUGAAGGUAUAUUUCCGAAACGUUGGAAGGAUGCAAUAAUUAUACCAUUGCAUAAAUCAGGCGAUAAAAGUAAUAUCUGCAACUACAGACCUAUUAGUAUUCUUCCAGUUUUAGGGAAUGAAGUAGAUUGUAUUUAUAAUGACUUUAGUAAAGCGUUUGACACAGUAAAUCAUUCAGUUCUAAUCAACAAACUACACACAUUAUUUGGCAUACAUGGAUGCUUAUUAGAUUGGUUUGCUUCAUAUCUCACAGAUCGAACACAAAGAGUAGUCAUUAGCGGUUUUGUUUCUAGAGAAAUUAUCCCAACGUCUGGAGUUCCACAAGGCUCGCACCUUGGCCCAUUACUUUUUAUUAUGUUUAUCGAUGAUAUUAAGCACUGUAUCCGUAACUCAGAAUUUGAAUUAUACGCAGAUGACCUAAAGAUAUCUAAAAUUGUGAAUAAUAACACAGACCAAAUUCAACUUCAAGAGGAUAUAGAUAGAAUUACAGAAUGGUGCCGGCAAAAUAAAAUGUCUCUCAAUACAAAUAAAUGCUAUCACAUUAAAUUCUCUCGAAAAUUUAACAAAUAUAAUAGUAGUUACAAUAUAAAUGGUGUAGAUUUAGCGAAAGUAGAUGAAGAAAUCCACGCGCGCUUGAUGCAAGCAAGACGAGACGCUGGCGGCGCGGCGGCGGGCGAGACGAGGAGGCCGCGCUUGCUGGCCGCCUGUCGCUCCCCCCCCCCCGCCGCGCCGCCCGCGUGUUUUGGUUUACAAGAUAAGAUUCAUGAGAUUUGUGAUAAAUCAUUAACUGAUUUUGGGCUUCCUGCAACAAAAAGGAAUAACACACACCAUAAUUUGGAUCCUUUAGAAAUAGCGUUGCGGAAGCCAUACGAUGUAAAUGAAUUAAAUGAGUAUAUUACUGUAAAUGAACCCAAGUUAGUUAAUGACCAGGGGCAAACAUUUAAAUAUGUAGGAUUAGAUUUACGGCAAGACUGUUUUUCGCACGGCCAACUAUAUGUCGCGUUGUCAAGAUCAGGUUGCGGAAACAAUCAAUAUAUUCUUCUGUCACAAGAAAAUAAAACGAAAAAUAUAAUUUACUCAGAAGUACUUUAA